UGCUUUUUUGUCCGGUAUUCUGAGCUUCCAUCCCGAUUCCCAAGCUGUUGCUGCUUGCGAGCAUUUUCACCUCAACUCGGCCCACACGCAUCCUGUCUUUCAAGUCUAAAUUUGGACGGCAAAGAACGGCCAUUCUGUUGUCGCGUUGAACGAAGUGCAGUUGUCGCGCCCGCAAAUUUCCUGCCUUGUUCAACCAGUCCGCAGUCGGCCAUCUGUUUACCCCAGCUGUUUACUCGCAACGCUCCGGAUAUCAUUCUUACCUGAACCUCUCGUCAGGGCGGAGGCUAUUCCACACGCUGAAGCUACCGGCCCUUACAUCAUCUGCCAGGCCAGCUUUUAGCACACCACAAGGUUCCCUUGGACACCAUAUCCUAUCAUUCCCAAUCUCUCCUGUCAGUGGGUGUAUCGUGCUACACCAGCAACAUGUCCGCGCAAUUUACCCCCGAGGAGGAGGCGACCUACGCCUGCGUCAUCGAUGAGAUCCUUGAAACCGCCGACCUCGACACAAUUUCUCGCAAGGCCAUUCGGCAGAAAAUGGAAGCGGCCAUAAACAAGGAUCUAAGUGACCAAAAGCACGCCAUCAAAGGCUUGAUAGAAGCCCGAUUCGACGCCUUUUCAGCACGCAAGGCCGCCCAAGAGCCAACACCCGAAGAGGCAACACCCGAGGCAACUCCCCAGGCGACUCCCGAGGCGACUCCCGAGGCCGACGAAGACGAUGCUGCUACCGAUGCCGAAAUAAAAGUCCGGCCUAAGAAGCAACAAAAGCGCGAGAGCUCAGAGGACGCCGACGCCCGUCUGGCCGCCGAACUCCAAGCGCAGGAGAACAAGCUGUCUCGCGGACCCCGAACACGAGGUGGCGGCGCAGCAAAGGUGACCAAGAAGGCCAAACCCAAGGCCAAGACACCAAAGAAGAAGAGCGCGACACGUGUCAAGUCCGACGACGAUAGUGAUAUGGAGCCCGAAGCGGUGGAAGGAACCAAGAAGCGCAAGGCGGGUGGCGGCUUCCAGAAGCCUUUCAACCUAAGUUACCCUCUCCAGGAGGUUUGCGGAGAAGCUCAGCUCUCACGCCCGCAAGUCGUCAAGAAGCUCUGGGAACAUAUCAAGGCGAACGAGCUACAGGAUCCCAGCGACAAGAGACAAAUCAUUUGCGACGAAAAACUGCAGGCCGUCUUCAAGCAGAAUUCGAUCAACAUGUUCCAAAUGAACAAGCUGCUCGGCAACCAGCUUUAUCCGAUCGAAGAGUAACAUGUCUGAUCUGAGAUGGACGGUUUCCCGUUUGGUAUUGGGUCAUUGGGGGCUAGGUAGCAGGCUGGGCGUGCAUGGCGUCAUUGGAAAAUAUCUGGGGCUUCGGAACUACUAGUAUACCACAGUACGUCUCGUUUUCAUGGUUUGAGGGUUGAAAGGAGGUAUG